CACAGUGAUAUUGGGACAGAGACCCAGCAAGUUGGCGUUGACAAGCUAGUCCACACAGACAUAUCCAUACAUCUGAUGGCGACGUUUUUCUGUUCCAUAUCAGAAGAAAAAGGCUUCAAACAGAGGCAGAUGGCAAAAGCGAAAGCAAACGCAACUAACCCAAAAGGAAAACCAAGUCAAAUUGAAAUUUCAGACCAAGAAGCUAUAGCAAAUUAUAGCACAGCACACAGUGCUCACUGACUGCGACCUUUCCCUGUAAACAUUCUCCUUUUUGUCUCUCUCUCUUGCUCUCGCUCUGGGCCGGUGUCUAUUUUGUUCAAAUCGAAGCAUCCUAAGCCGGGAAAACAGAGUAUUGUGUGAUCAGUUUGGUGUAUAUAGCUUCGUCUCCCUUCCCGCGCGCCUUUUCAUGCUCUCUCAACUCUCUCUUCCCUUUCAUUUUCACCCUUCUGCUGCUGCUGCUGUAAAUUUGUCCACUAGCUACCAUCAUGAAUUCAUUAGUCAAAAUAUAAAAAGCCAGAGGGGCAGGGGAAAAGGAAAUGUUUCCCUAUGAAUGCAUCGAGAUUUUGAAGGUGGGUUUUUGAUUUGUGAGAGAGAAAAUCACGAGAUGGAAGUGGGUGGUGCGGCGAGAGGAAGAAGAUCGACGGCCGGGCGAGGAGGAGAGCAGAGAGACAGCACGGAGAGGAAACCUUGCAUGGCCAUGAAAAGGGUUCAAGUUGUUUACUAUCUUACCAGGAACGGCCAACUGGAGCAUCCUCACUUCAUGGAACUCAGCCACUCCCCCAAUCACCUCCUUCGCCUCAAAGAUUUUGUGGAUCGGCUGACCGCUCUCAGGGGGAGAGGGAUGCCUUCUCUGUAUUCAUGGUCCUGCAAAAGGACAUAUAAGAACGGUUACGUAUGGAACGAUUUGGGGGAGAACGAUGCGAUUUAUCCCGCCGAUGGAGCUGCCGCCGAGUACGUUCUCAAGGGUUCCGAGAUUCUCCCUCAACCUGUUGCUGGAUUUGCAGAAAGGUUGCCGCCGCCGCCGCAGCAGCAGAUUCAUGAUGUGUCGUCGAGUAGAGAUGUGGUGGUUCAUAAUCAUCAACCCAGAACCACCAAUUAUCAGCCUCUUGCCAAAACAAAACAGAGGCUACAGCAGCAGCAGCCAUUGGAGUUUACAGCUCCCCUGCCUCCAAGAACUCGCCCCUGCAGCCGGGAACUCGAACCAGAACCAGAAGAAGAGGAAGAGGAAAAAUCGCCAGAGGAACUCGAUGAGGAGGAGAAAGCUAGCUACAGUACUACAAGCUCUACAACUCCACGUUCCCGCUGCUCCAGAGGCGUCUACACGGACGAACCUGAAGAGGAACAGCAGCAGGCGGCGAAGCAGGGGAACCAACUGGUUCCUACUCAUACCCAGAAAACCCCAUUGAUUUUAGUGAAACGAUUUCCAGGAGGAGAAGAAGGUGAUGGUGGGUCGGACUCCGACCCGGGAUCAAUCAAGGAGUCGUCAUCAUCAGCAACCAGACCAGCAGUUCGCAAUUCGGUUCUGCUUCAACUCAUUUCCUGCGGCAGCUUCACCGCCCCACCUCCUCCUAAGCUCAAGACCAAUGCUGCGGCUACAAUCAAAAAACUGCCGCUGCCACCACCAGUCAUUAAAAGAGAGGUCGUUGGCAGUAGUGACGACUGUGGCGCCGGCAAUGUUAGCAGCAGAAGGAUGGGCAGUACUGGUAAUGGUGCAGGGGAGGAAGGAGAAGGAGAAGAAGAAGAGGCGAUGAUGAUGAUAAAGUACAUGUCGGAGAAUCCCAGGUUCGGCAACCCUCAGUCUCAAGACAAGGAGUUCUUCAGCGGCAGCAUUGUCGAAUCCGUUGAUCAUCCUGCUCCUCCUGGAAUUGACACCAUUAAGAGAUCCAAUUCCUACGGGGAACAACGGAGCAGCUUAAAGGAAGCAGCAGCUCAUGUGGAAGAUGCAGCUGCUGAAGCAGGGGCGCAAGUGAAGAACAGGGGAGGAGGAGGAGGCAUCAAAGGGAAAUGCAUGCCUCGUUUGAGGUCCUCGAAGUGAAUGAACAGAGGAAUUUAAUGAGUAGUGGAAAUAUGUCAAUUACUACUAGGAAGGAUAAGGACGUGGUGAUUGCUGCUUUUCCUUUAUUGCUUCUGUAUAAAAGGAUGGGUUGUUACUGGUUUUUCACCCGCCAUUGUUGUUAUUAUGACAAGUCACUGGAAGUGGCAGGCCAUUAUUAUCGUGAAAUCUCCCCUCCAACUGUCCGUUUGGGAUAAUUCUGGAAAAAUUGACUCGGUGAAUCUGGAAAGCAAAUUGUCGACAGAGAGGUGUUAGUACGUGCGUUGAGCUUGCAGGCAUAGAAGGAAGAAAGCUGAAACCCUUUUUGACUUUCCAGUUGCUGUUUUGCUUCCACGGCCAGAUUUUAGGCUUUCCUUGUAGUUGUUGCCAGCGGUCUUUUUCUUGGAGCUUAGUGGGGUUGUAAACUAGAGUGAAGUCGAGUUUUAUCUAAUAGUGGCUCAACUUAUUAAUAAAUUAGAUUUUUUUUUCUGCGGUAAGAAAUUAAUUAUAGAUAAAAAUGUAUUUUACGUAUUUGAUGAUUUAGUGGAAACUGAGUAAAUUAUUGUCUUAAUC